GCCGAGGCCUCCCGUGCGCCCGCGCAUGUUCGCGCUCUACAAGUAAACGCAUAUUUUACGAACUCAUUGUAUACAAAAAACUACGAAAACAUUCAACGAACAAGUGGAAUUGAAGUGAAGUGACAUAAGGAGAACUAGUGAUGUAUUAUUAGAGCCAUGUAAACAAGGUAAACAGUGACGGUUGCAUCUUGAAAUUUCUGCAGGAAUAUUGGACAAGGGCAUUUGCGUGAAGGCAGUUCUGCCGUCAAUCAUGACAACGAUAUGCUGUGUCAAAAGCAAGAUAAUUCAAAGACUGAAUAAGGGUGCUAUUUAAAAUUAGAGACAAAAAUGGACGGUGUAAAAGUAUCGCACCAAGGAGUGCGAAUGCACUCCGCGGAAGGUUCAGGCGGAAGGAUCACGCAGGCUGGCCUGGCCGCACGCAGCCCUGAAGGCACAGCAGCUAAAGGAAUGGCCAUUAAAGGCCAUGAAGACCUUUGGGUGGAAAUCCAGGCCAACACCUUUAGAAACUGGGUUAACGAAACCCUGAAGCCUAUGGAUAUAAAGGUCGUAGAUCUGGUAGAGGAUCUACGAGAUGGGACAGUGUUAUGUUCAUUGGUGGAAGCUUUACAAGGUCGAAGAUUAAAGGGUUGGAACCCCAAUCCUGGCAAUCAACACCACAAACUAGACAAUGUCACCACCGCACUACAGGCCAUAGAGGAUGAUGGUGUUAAGCUUGUUAACAUUGGAAACGUGGAUAUAGUGAACGGCAAUUUAAAACUAAUACUCGGAUUGAUCUGGUCUCUCAUUGUGCGGUACCAGAUAGGAAGAAGCAAGUUCCCGCCAAGGAAACUAAUGUUGUCGUGGCUACAAGCUGCAUUACCUGACAGCCGAGUGGGCAACUUAACCACCGACUGGAACAGCGGAGUGUUGCUGUCGGCACUACUAGACCAUGUUAAGCCUGGCAUCUUCCCACACUGGAGAGAGCUCAAUCGCCACGAAGCUGUGGAGAAUUGUCGUCGUGCCAUGAAACUAGCCCACCGUGAACUUGAUGUGCCCAUGGUACUAGAACCUGAAUACUUGGCCUCACCAUGGCUGGACGAAUUGUCUGGCAUGACAUAUCUAUCGUACUUCAUGAAGCCUGGUGGUCCGGGGUACAGAUCUACUUUGGAGUGGGUGAACUCGCGAUUGGAGAGAGCUAUCACUAAUUUUACGACGGACUGGAACGACGGUCGCGUGGCGAACGAAUUGGUGCGGUCCAUGGGUGGACCGGCCCCGCCACCCAGCCGCCUGCGCCGCGACCCAGCACGGUGGGAGGAAAACAAUCAGAUGGCUAUCGAUGCUGCGAAGAAACUCGGUGUCCAGCCAGUAUUAUCAGCGAAAGAUAUGAGCUCCAGCGAUGUGGAACACCUCGGUGUAAUGGCAUGGGCCUCUCAGUUCCGUAAUAUCCCACCACGACCUCCCGUGCACGAUAUGCUGCGCGUCGCUCUUGACUCUACGUCUGGUAGAGUUGGAGAACCGACCUACAUAAAAGUGGACAGUGUUGCAAACGAGCUUUCCGUAUCCGACGUAAAAGUGUCCAUAGUGAACCCUUUAGAGCAAGAAUCAAGAUUAAAAUUGGAUUCGAGGGGCUCUGGCGAGUUCAUACCUGAGCAUGCUGGAAUGCACGAGAUAGUUCUCACCGUGGAUGACAUCAGGGUCGAUGGAAGAUACUUCUUUAGGGUGCUACCAAGGUUGGUCACAGUGCCACCUCCGGGUAUGGCGCCAUGUGCCAUGGGAAGUAUCGUAGAAGUACUAGUCAGUGCUACAGGAGCACCUCGUCGCCAAGACAUAGACGUCACAGCUCACUCGCCGAGUGGUCGUGCCGUUGCGCUGGAGCCCAGACAUCCACCACCGUCGGAGCCCGGCACUACGGCUUCCAGCGCCAUCUUCCAACCAGACGAACCCGGGACAUGGACCAUAGCCAUUACUUAUAAAGGCGAACAUAUUCAAGGGGGCCCUUUCACAUGCGAAGUCUUUGAUCCUGCUGGUGUUCGACUCAGUCCCGGAGCUCUGGACGGUGCAGAGCCACUGAAGCCACAUUCCUUCGAACUUGACACUAGUGGUUGCGGCGUCAAGGGCGAUCUUCAAUUGGACAUAGUUCAUGAUAAAAGAAGCGUUAUGUGUGCUUUAGAGAAACUUUCUGCGACUAAAUAUCGAGCCACCUUCAUGCCGAAAGCAGCUGGAAAACACAGGUUGUACGUCUACUUUAACGGAUAUGAUGUUCACGGAUCACCGCACAUGUUCAGAGUGGGGUCACGCUCCAAGAAGCCUCGCGACAGCGCUAGUCCCUUACCAGCUUAUGCGAGAGUCUCCAGCCCAGUGACUCGUCUCCGCUCUGAGAGUCCACUCAACCAUUACACUUUAUACGACACUAACACCAAACACGGUACGAGCACGUUCAAUCGACGCGAAGAACGACGUGACUCCACCGAUUAUUACAAGCCGUAUACAUCAGACGUUAAAGAUAAGAGUUAUGACGUCACUGAUUCCGCGUAUUCCUCAACAAGGAUGAAUAAGAAGGAUUAUUCGCUUUACGGUUCAGAGAGUCCCAGAAAUAGGACUGCCAGUCCAAUUACAACGAAACACCUCGGUAAUGGCCCACGGUUGGAUAUUAAUAGAGCUAAUAGCCCCUAUAGAGCGACAAGCCCGUAUCGGGCGACGAGUCCGGUCGGUCGAACAGCCAGUCCGCUAACGAGAAAAGAAAGUCCAUUGAAUAGAACAGCCAGUCCAAUUAACAGAGUGAGCAGUCCUACGGAUCGGUACAGCCCUGUGACGACUACAAAGCGUGUAGUGGAGAAACGCUCCAACUACAAAUACAGUUCUUACAGCAACUCUCAAGACAACCUCGAUCAAAUCAGCCCUUUUUCCUCACUCGAGGCUGACAACAUCAGGCGACUAGGAAGCCCUAGCGUAGGCGACCCGGGCGGGAAGCCAUACAUCGGACGGAAAGACUCCUGGGAUGCCAUAGAAAAAACAAGGCAGAUGAGCCUAGACAAUCCGACCGAACGCUAUGGUAACAACACUUUGGACCGCGAGACAAAGCGCAAUACGCAAUUAAACAAGUUCAGCGACUUUUCGCGCGACUCCUUCAACCGCCAUCUUGAUAGACUCGCUGACGACAAGGAUUCGGAGACUUACUCCAGUCGGCAAGAGACCAGUAAGCGCGAAGUGCGUGAAAGUUCGUACGUAGUACGAGACUCCUCGUACAGCAGUGUAGAGGAAAAGCACCAACAACAGCAGUCUUUUUUAUCCAAUAGGCCCCCCCGCGACCCGAACGGGGGGGCAUGGUCUGAGAUCGAUGCCGUGCAUCCAAGAUUCAGACCAAUUGAAAGGGAUAACAAAGGUGCUAAAGCAGUAAUAGUAAAAUCAACAACCAAAGGAGUAUUGGAGAAACCUGUCGAAUUUAUUGUGGACUGCAGCACAGCAGGUCCAGGACACUUAGAGCUAGAAGUGUCAGGAGGGAAUGGUGCCUUGGUGGCGAGCUCAGUGCGAACGUUGGGCAACCAUCGCUACUUAGCCGCGUUCACACCGCGCGUUCUACGUCCGCACUCCGUACGCGUUACCUUCAAUAAUGAUCAUGUACCUGGGUCUCCGUGGACGGUCGAGGUGAUGGCGGGGCCGGCGGGCGGCGGCGGAGGCGAACCGACUAGGCUAAUCCCUGCUCGAGUGCCUGCCGUCUUUGAAAUAUCCACCGCGCCUGGCACUGCUACUUUUAGCAAAAAUGAGGUGGGUGUUACCGUGACCGCGCCAUCACGGCGACCGGUGACGGCCAGGGUACUGGACGUGGCAGAGCGUCCAGGGGUCUUCCGCAUCGAGUUCACGCCGGAGGAAGUCGGCACACACUUGAUUGAUGUGUCAAUCGCUGACGACAAACUAGCAGCUGGCCCCUUGGUAGCCAAGGUAUACGACGCCAGUCUUAUCAAGGUCACCGAUGUUGGCAACGCCAUCGUAGGACAACAGUGCCAAUUCAGAGUGGACGCCAGCGCGGCUGGGGAGGGUCAACUAGAAAUUUCAAUCAAUGAGGGAGAAGUCCCAAAUCACGUUCAGGUGGUUGGUGGUGGCCGAUGUCUAGUCUUCUGGAGGCCAGAAACUCCAACGCCGCACCGCGUCGAUAUCAAGUUCAACGGAGAGCCUGUGCCUUCGUCUCCAUUCGUCUUCCAUGUAGCGCCUGCACAAAGAGUCACUAUUGACACUUCACAAAUCGAAUUAAUUCCUGUGGGCGAGCUAGCGUCAUGUACAGUACGUGUAGAAGGCACCGGUGGCGGCGAGCUGACGGUAACAGUACGAGGACCGCGGGGCGAAAUCCCCGUGCGGCUCACUGGCGAUGCCGUCACGGCCCUGGUGGCUAGCUUCACACCGCGAAAUGUUGGACCUCACACGCUCACCGCUCAUUACAACAACCAACCUAUCUCCGGAACACCAUUCACAUGUAAAGUAUAUGAUGGGAAGUUAGUAAGCGUUUCUGGAGGCUCCUCUGCCCGUGUUGGAGUGCCUGUUCAACUGGCAGUUGACGCUGCACAAGCAGGAGAGGGCAACCUGGAAAUCACUGUGGCCGCUAGAGGACUGAACAUUCCCACUCAGGUUCACCCUCAGGGAAAUGCUCGCUUCACUGUAUCUUUCACGCCAACAGAAGCAUGUGACCAUGUUGUCAAUGUUUCUUUUAAUAAGAUGCGAGUCCCAGGAUGUCCGCUGGUAAUCAAAGUGUCGGAGGGCACUGGUAGUGGGGCCAGAGUAACGCUACCCGGACCUGUCCCUCUCCACCAGCCAGCUGCGCUCACCCUCCACCAUCCCACUGCCACUCUAGAGCAGAUUGAAGUUAAUGUCGAAGGUCCGAAUGGCGCGUCGGUGCCAGCGGCGGUGUCGGCGGCGGGCGCCGGCGUAUUUCGUGCCGAGUUUGUACCACGGGCAGUUGGAGAACAUCGCCUGAACGUACUCGUUAACUCUGUGCCUAUACCUGCUAGCCCGUUUCAUCUCAAGGUAUAUGACGUUACUGCUAUUAGAGUCAAAGAUGUUGCUCAUGGGACCGUUGGGAAGCCUGUCACAUUUUUAGUUGAGACGAUGGCAGCGGGGCCGGGCAACCUAGAAGUAACAGUAAACGGCGGACGCGUACCGACUGCAGCGGCAGCUCAGGGCGCCCAUACUUAUGCUAUCAGUUUCACCCCCCGCGAUCCCAGACCACAUACUGUAGAGCUACGCUUUAACGGGGAUCAUGUGCCUGGCAGUCCAUUCGUUUGCCACGUAUCCGCACCUGCACGCGUCAUUGGUGCUGGCUCUGGCGAGUCGCCCGACAAGGUGUCCGUGGGUGACGCAUAUACGUUCAGUGUGGAUUCGCCUGCUUCACCGCAUGUUGAAGUCCUUGGACCUGCCCGUCGCCCUGUGCCUGUACAGGUCUCAGCUGAAGAAACAAUUGGUGAAAAUGAAGCCAGUAAAAGAUAUACUAUAUCAUUUGUCCCAGUCGACGUUGGAGAUCACAGUAUUGAGGUUCGAGCGGGCGCUAUGGGCGGGCACGUAGAAGGCAGUCCGUUCCUAGUGAAAGCAUACAGCGCAGCGCGAGUAUCUGUCACCGAUAUCUCGCCCGGUGUCGUCGGAAGACCUGUUUCCUUCACUAUCAACGCUUCACAUGCGGGCGCCGGAAACUUGGAAAUAAUUGUCGCAGUGAAUGGUAGAAACGUGCCAAAUUAUGUACAAAGUGAAGGAAAUGCUAGAUUCAAGGUGAACUUCAAACCUGUGGAAGCAGCUCCCCACACACUCUCGGUACGAUUCAACGGCCACGCUGUACCGGGUUCCCCCUUCACAUGCCCAGUCUCCGCUCCAGUCACCUCCUCCGAAGCUCGCGCCACAGGCCCGGGACUUGUGUCCACACCUCGCGGCGAACCUGCCGAGAUACAUCUAAGUGGAUUCCAUACAGGCGAACCAACAGUCUACGCAGCAGGUCCUGGCGGCAGCAGCAUCCGUGCUCGCAUCACACCGUUGUCCGACGGCCGCUAUACAGCCACGUAUACGCCGGAGGCCGUUGGCCGCCAUAGCGUGCAAGUUACGUGUGCGGGCCGCCCAGUGCCCGGCUCACCUUUUACAUGCAAUGUUUAUGAUGUGAGACGCGUCAGGGUAACUGGAUUAGGACCUGGAGAAUUAGAGGGCACUCUAGAAGGCCUAAGUCUAGAUGACCUGGGCGAAGAGGAUCGCGGCGUAGAAGUAGGAAAACCGGUGACGUUCAGCGUGGACGCAGCCGGCGCUGGGGAAGGUACUCUUGAGCUAGUUGUUUCUACGCCGUCAACUACUGUUAAGGCUGAGGUGGUCGCAGUAGCGCGAGGUCUGUACGACGUGACUUUCAUACCGGUGUCGCGUGAGGCUCACCGUGUGUCCGUCACGUUCAACGAGCAGCCCGUGCCCGGCAGCCCCUUCAUCUGUAGGGUCAGCGAGCCUCAUACUUACGUGCAGAUUGGUGGCAUAGCAGCGGUAGAAAUUGACGAGAACCAAUCGGACAUCGAAGUAGUAUCCCCAACUGGCACGAGAGUGCCCGACAUCCAUGUCGAAGACACCGGUCUCCUAACCUUCCCUGCCACGCGUGUCGGCCGCUAUGUCGUGAGGAACGCGAGAGGCGUCAUUGCUGAAGUCGAGGCACUUGAUGCCGGUGCUGUAAAAGUACUGUCUAUUGGUGAUGCUGUGGCGCAUCGACCGGCCAUUCUAACUGUGAGCACGGGCAGCGCUGGCAACGGGCGUUUAUUUGGGCGCGUAACAUGCGGCGGGCAAACAGUGCCGCACUCAGUGCGUCGGCGUGGUGGGUCGCGGCAGGAAGUCGUGUGGCACCCAGCGCGUGCAGCACCGCACAGAUUGACACUGCUGUGGAGCGGCACCCCCAUUUCUAGGGAACCUCUACUUGUCGAUGUACAACCACCGCAUCAUGGACAAGAGGUGUCAGCAUCGGGCCUGGGCCUAUACCAAGCACAAGUCGGGCGCGUGGCGUCGUUUAGCAUCGACACACUGGGUCGGCCGGCGCGAGAGUUUGACGUCGUUGUCUCGGGACCCGGCUCUAGAGCCCUCCCUGUCCGGUGCUACCAGACCAAGUCGGGGUUGUUACAGGCCGAGUACACUAUCACUGAAGUCGGCCAAAGUACAAUUGAAGUACUUCACCUAUCAAAGCCGGUAUCUGGAAGCCCAUUCACAUGCGAGUCGUUCGAUUCCAACAAAGUCAUUCUGUCUGGUCUGCCCACUGGAAACAUCAUCGCACAAACGCCUGUUAACUUUACAGUGGACACAAAAGACGCCGGCGUAGGCGAGUUAGAGGUAGUAUGCGAAGCAAUGGGCGAGCGACGCGUGCGCAUGCCGGUGGACAUUCGCGAGGAUGGACACGUCCACAGAGUCCGGCUACGACCUUCCGUGCCGGCGCACUAUCGCAUCUAUAUCUCCUAUGGAGGUGCUCCGGUAAACGGCAGUCCCGUAUCGCUCGGCGUGCUGAGUGGGCGCAGCAGCAUCGCUUCACGCUGCGCCGGCACCGGCCUGGCGCACGCACAUGUUGGCAAGGAAGCCGCCUUCACUAUACUCUGCCUUGAUGAUACGCCGCCCACUGUACAGGUAGAAAGACUAACAGAAGGCAAAGAAGACAGCACUGACACAGGCUUAUUAGAAUGCAGAGUAGUAGCGGGGGCACCUCGCGAGUGGCUCUGCGCAUACAUACCGCUCGUGGUCGGAUUGUACGAAGUGAGAAUAUUCACGAAUACGGGACCGUUGCCUGGCAGCCCGUUCUCUGUUAAAGUAAUAGACACAUCAGCGAUAGUGCCAGUAGGAGGAUGGGGAGCGGACAGUGCGGGACGUGUGCGCGCGCCCUCUAAACUUGUGCUUGAUACCAGCAACGCCGGACCCGGCACGCUCGAGUGCCUGUUGGCUGGACGACAUCAACGCGUAGAAACAGUAUCUGGUCGUGCAGUAGUUACUCUAGCAGCUGCUGAAGGCGUGAGCGGGGAACAAGAGUUAGAACUAACAUACAACGGUGCACUGGUGAGUGCAGCGCCGCGGCGGGCGCUGGUUGCCUCGGGCACUAUAGCCGACCGCGUUACGCUCGCCGGUCGGGGAUUAGCUCAUGCUGCACCGCACACACCCGCUGUGUUCACUGUUGACGGCAGUGCAGCGGGGCCGGGUUCGCCAGAAGCAUUUUUGACGGCUCCGGAUGGCGAGACCUUGCCGGUGGCGCUGACAGCGGCCGGUCCGGGCUUGUGGCGCGCCACCUACACUCCUCGCCGUGCUGGAGAUCAUCAACUCAGGGUUAUGUGGGCUGGACGGCUGGUCAAAGGCUGCCCACUAACAGUGAACGUAACAAUGGGCUCAGAAGCCGGCGACGCAUCGAAAGUAGUUUGUUCAGGCGCAGGCUUGCAGGGCGGCGUGGUCGGCCGUGAGAUCCGCUCCUGGAUAGACACACGACGUGCCGGCCCUGGGGAGCUCACUGCCCACUGCACGGGGCCUAAUAAGGUGGCGUACUGCGAGUUGUACGAGCACGGCGACGGCACGUUUACUCUGAACGUAAAACCCGCGGAAGCCGGCCGACAUGUACUCAGCGUGCAGUUCGCCGGGGAACACGUGCCCGGAUCACCCUUCGUGCUAAAAGUCGCUGGAGCACCCGAUCCUUCGAAAGUCCGUGUAUAUGGUCCAGGCGUGGAACCGGGCGUCCUUGCGACGUUCCAGUCGCGGUUUCUUUGCGAUACGCGCGGCGCAGGCGCAGGCCAGCUGACAGUGCGCGUGCGCGGACCCAAAGGCGCCUUCCGCGUCGAGAUGCAAAGAGAGAAUCAGAAGGACCGCACUAUAUUAUGCAAGUUCUCACCCACCGAGCCUGGCGACUACCGCGUUGAAGUCCGAUGGGCCGGACGGCACGUCCCCGGCUCGCCGUUCCCCGUCAUGAUCUUCGACACGCAAGAGGAGCUGCGACGGUACCUACAAGCCACCGCCGCUUAAUACCCUACA